AUGGAAGCGAGCGUGCAACAAGGCAACUAUGUCCAAGUCUACGUCAUGCUCCCUCUGGACGCCGUGAGCGUGAACAACAGGUUCGAGAAGGGUGACGAGCUCAGGGAGCAACUGAAGAGGCUGGUAGAGGCCGGUGUGGAUGGUGUCAUGGUAGACGUCUGGUGGGGCUUGGUGGAGGGCAAGGGCCCCAGGGCGUACGACUGGUCCGCCUACAAGCAGUUGUUCCAGCUGGUGCAUGAGGCUGGACUGAAGCUAAAGGCCAUCAUGUCAUUCCACCAGUGUGGUGGCAACGUCGGUGAUGUCGUCAACAUCCCGAUCCCGCAGUGGGUGCUGAAUGUCGGUGCGAGUGAUCCGGACAUUUUCUACACCGACCAGCACGGGACUAGGAACAUUGAGUACCUCACCCUUGGAGUUGAUGACCAGCCUCUCUUCCAUGGAAGAUCUGCCGUCCAGAUGUAUACUGAUUACAUGGCAAGCUUCAGGGACAACAUGAAAGAGUUCUUGGAUGCCGGUGUUAUUGUAGACAUUGAAGUCGGACUUGGCCCGGCUGGAGAGUUGAGGUACCCAUCCUAUCCUCAGAGCCAUGGAUGGUCAUUCCCAGGCAUCGGAGAAUUCAUCUGCUAUGAUAAGUACCUGCAAGCAGACUUCAAAGCAGCAGCAGCGAUGGUUGGCCAUCCUGAGUGGGAAUUUCCUCGCGAUGCCGGACAGUACAAUGACACUCCCCAGAGAACUCGAUUCUUCGUGGACAACGGAACAUAUCUCACUGAGCAGGGGAGGUUUUUCCUUGCAUGGUACUCCAAUAACCUGAUCAAGCACGGUGACAAGAUCUUGGACGAAGCAAACAAGGUCUUCUUGGGACACAGAGUGCAACUGGCAAUCAAAAAUGUAAAUGAGACAUGGCCAAAUGUUUGGUUGCAGAUCUCUGGCAUUCACUGGUGGUACAAGGUUCCAAGCCAUGCAGCCGAGAUCACAGCUGGGUACUACAACUUACAUGAUAGAGAUGGCUACAGACCCAUAGCACGCAUGCUCAAAAGGCACCGUGCUAGUCUUAACUUCACUUGCGCCGAGAUGAGGGACUCGGAGCAAAGCUCACAGGCCAUGAGCGCACCGGAAGAACUAGUCCAACAGGUGUUGAGUGCUGGAUGGAGAGAGGGCCUAAAUAUGGCAUGCGAAAAUGCACUUCCUCGAUAUGAUCCAACUGCUUACAACACCAUACUCAGGAAUGCAAGGCCUCAUGGCAUCAACAAGAGCGGCCCUCCUGAGCACAAGCUGUUUGGAUUCACCUACCUCCGGCUGUUGAAUCAGUUGGUGGAGGGACAAAACUAUGUCAAUUUCAAGACCUUUGUUGACAGAAUGCAUGCCAACCUGCCUCAUGACCCAUGUGUUGAUCCAGUGGCGCCUUUGCAAAGAUCAGGGCCAGAACUGACGAUUGAAAUGAUCCUACAAGCAGCGCAGCCAAAACUGGAUCCAUUCCCCUUUGAAGAGCACACCGACCUGCCAGUUCAAGGCCUCGGUGGCAUCGGUGGGGAUGUUGAAGGCCCCACUGGUGGCAUGGGUGGGGAGGUUCAAGACCCCACUGGUAGCAUGGGUGGGGAGCUCCCUGCCACCGUCUAA